GAGCAAGAGAGAGAGAGAGAGACAGAGAGAGUGUGAAAGAGCAGCCUGAGCUCAAACUCUGCUGUAUCUGUGCAGUAGCACCCAUUACGAAUGGGAUAUACUAUAAGGACUUGUCCAAGCACUACUCAAGAGUGCCGAGAUCAUUUAAAGGAUAUCUUGCUUGAUAUCAUCCGUGAUGGCAACUUGAAGGGUUAAAUCAAAACAUGACGCAUGGGGUUUGCUUGUUCACGUAAGGCUGCUGAAAUAACACACCUCCGUUCACCAAUCCUGUGGAAAUCACGUGUACUGUAUAAGGUUGGACGGGUAGAGAGAGGGAGUAAAAGUGCUGGACCUGGUAACUAUAAACAAACUGGGACAGGACAACCACAAACAACAUGGAGAGUGAUGCAGAGGAAGCUGGUUGGCAUGGUCCUGAUCGCACAAUGCCUGCAUGGAACACCUCUUCAGUUACCUCCCGCGAAAACAUGGGGCUGAACGGUUCGUAUGGUGGCGGAUCGUAUUUCUGGCUGCUUCAAAACAGCUCAGCAGGGACCACUAAUGCACCUCGUGCAGCCAGGGUGCGGGAUAUGGCACUGGCGCAGGCGGAGAUUGGCAUCCUGAGCCUAAUCCUGGCGCUCACCACACUGAGCAACAGCUUUGUGCUGUGGGUUCUGCUGCGGAGGCGCAAGCACAGCGCUCCCAUGCACCUUUUUAUGGUUAACCUCUGUGUGGCUGACUUGGUGGUGGCCUUUUUUCAGGUUCUCCCUCAGCUAGUGUGGGACAUUACGGAGAAGUUCCAGGGUCCUGACGUGUUGUGCCGCUCAGUCAAAUACAUGCAGAUCGUUGGCAUGUUUGCUUCCUCUUACAUGAUUGUUGCUAUGACAGUGGACCGCCAUUACGCCAUAUGCUGCCCCCUCCAGGCCUACAGGCUAGGGGCAAUCUCACGCUGGAACACACCCAUCAUGGUGGCCUGGGGUCUGUCUCUAGUGCUUAGUGUACCACAGGUGUUCAUUUUCUCCAAGUAUGAAAUAAAUCCAGGGGAAUUUGAGUGUUGGGGACAAUUUGUUAAGCCAUGGGGUCUGAAAGCCUAUGUAACAUGGAUGACUCUGGCUGUGUUCAUCCUUCCUGCCUUCAUCAUUACGGUGUGCCAGGUCCGAAUUUUCAGGGAGAUUCGUGACAUCUACCUGAGGUCAGAGCGAGUGGUGUCAUCUGACUCGAAAAAAAAUCUAGUCAUCUUCCGCAUGCCCAGUCUGCGAAAUCAGAGCGACAAAACCAGAGAAAGGGAGAGAGGAAGAGGAUCCACCUUGAGAGAAUCCCGUAGAGGAUUUCAUCGACGAAACAAAAGUGACUCGUCCCAGUCGUACUACAAUGCCCGCAACUCCCAGCAUGCACCUCAGCCAGACUGCUGUGACUGUCCCUUUCAGGGUGAAAAUGAGAUACAAUACAGCACUCAAUCCCCUGAUGUACUACCUUACACACAUUCUCCUUUAACUCAGAGCAACUCAGAAGCUCAUUUGAGCUCUAGACAUCUUUCUGAAGACGCUGAUGAUUUUUAUCGGACUUCCGUUGAUUACACUGAGCCCUGUGUUAAUUUAUUUGAGGCCCCUUUGGAGAUUUGCAGUUCAGUCCCUACUGUCCAGGUUUCAUCGUCCGUUUCACGCCCCGUGACUCCUCCACCACCGGGUGUAUCCAGAGCGAUGACCAAAACACUGAGGAUGACCCUGGUCAUAGUGCUGGUUUAUACCAUGUGCUGGUCACCCUACUUCACAGUGCAGCUCUGGGCUGCUUGGGACCCAAGCCCACCAGAUAAUGGGGUGGCCUUUACUAUCCUGAUGCUGCUGGCCAGCUUGAACUCCUGCACAAAUCCCUGGAUCUACACAGCCUUCUCCAGCAGUGUCUCUCAUGAACUUGUCUCCCUUUUGCGUUGCCGGCCUCGAAUCACCCGCAGGGGCUCCGUACCUGAAGACUCCAGUGCCAUCCACACGACCAGCACCACCAAGGACUAACCAUCCUGAGCCACUUAACACACGAGCAGAUCUUCGAUGUAUUCAUGCCAAGAAGCAUAGAAGAAGAAUCAUUGAGAGAUUGAUUGUUGGGAGAUGUUUGACUUACCGUAGCUGAAGCUACCUGAGCGAUUGGAAGGAGCACAUUGUGGAUUAUGUACUACACUGAUCAAGAGAACAAGGUCAUGAUGUGAAGAUGUUGUAUCAUGCCUACAGAAAUAUACUUGAGACACUUGAGAGAUUUCAAUCUAAACUUAUGAAGACCAAAUGCUUAAACCUUUAAAACUAAACUAAGUGAAUUAGAAGCUGUAGAUAUGAGACAUUUUAUUGAAUCCAAGAACUCUUGAACCAAGAGAAUGUGAAGCCUGCUUAAGACUUAUCGAUGAAAAUGGAAGAAACCUGACCUCAGCCUACACCCCAGACAUUCCCUAGCAUCAUUUAUCACUCCAUUUUUUAUUCCUUAUCUGUGUUUCUGUUACAAAAUCUCACAUUUGAAGAUGAUGGAAAGCAUCAGUGAGAAGAAUGAGUCAUUCAUGGAAACUCUAUAAAAAGACAUCUUCUAAAGUGGUGCUGAUGAGUGACGCACAAAUGUGAAAAACAUGGAAUGAAUGGACAGAACAUGAAGUGGAGAGAAAAAAAGGAAACAUGAACAUCUCUCAUAUGUACACAUACUGAAGACAUCAGGGAUAAUGAAGUUUUAAUCAAUUAAAUCAUUUUACUCAAAGCUAAUUUUAAUAACAUGGUACAUUGGUACAUGGAGUAUUACACAGGAUCUACAGCUUGACUGUUUGAUGACAUCAUAUUCUCACUAUAAUAUUAUGACAUUGAAUCUUCUACAAUAAAUAUUUAUGGACCAGGCAGCCUUCAUAAACAUAAUUGAUAUUAAGAUAAGUUUUAAACAAAUAAUGUAAUAACAAUGCCAGGGCAAAAAAAGUGCCUUUCAGAGAUUCCUCCUUCUCUUGCAGUCAUGUUCUUCAGUUUAUUCUGUAAAAGCACAAAUCUCCUCUUUGAGGCCUAUAAACUGCAUGUUAGACAUGAGAAAUUUCCCCACUUAUAAUGUGUGAAUGGAUUUCCUGAGCAUAGAUGGAUUUUUUUUAUUGAUAUUGUAAUUUAUUAAAGUGCAAUAAUUGUA